GCUGCCCUGGGUGACGUUGGAGCGCUGCAGCAGGACAGGCGGCAGUACGGUCCCCCAUCAGAAGAGAUUGUGGUGCUCAUGCUGCGGUCUCUUGUGACCCAGAGGGCUGCUGUCAGCUCUCUGAUGACCAGAGGAAGCUCUAACCCUGGUGUAUGGUGGACACGUCCCAGUUUCAAUCCUGCAUGCGACUCUGGUUUGACGGCGUAGAUACAAGAAAAGAGCCAUGACCAGAGCCACAGUCAAGAAGGCAGAGCCCAAUGGGGCACUUGCAGUUCCUGAAGAGACAGAAGAGGAGGAAAUGGAAGAGCGAGGCCAGUGGAGCAGCAAAGUGGAGUUUGUGCUGUCUGUGGCUGGAGAGAUCAUUGGUCUGGGUAAUGUGUGGAGGUUCCCAUACCUCUGCUACAAGAAUGGCGGUGGAGCAUUCCUCAUCCCCUACCUCAUCUUUCUCUUCACCUGUGGGAUCCCACUGUUCCUUCUGGAGACAGCACUGGGGCAGUACACCAGCCAAGGAGGGGUCACUGCCUGGAGGAAGAUCUGUCCCAUCUUUGAAGGAAUUGGAUAUUCCUCGCAAGUCAUUGAGACCUAUCUAAACAUCUACUAUAUCAUUAUACUGUCUUGGGCACUCUUCUACCUGUUCAGCUCAUUCACCACUGUACUACCAUGGGCCAGCUGCAAUAACCCUUGGAACUCAGAUCUCUGUGUGGACUUUCUGAAUACCUCCAACUGGGACAACAGAACUGUGCCUGCAAACACCACCUCUCCAGUGGUUGAGUUUUGGGAGAAGAGAGUCCUGGGACUAACGGAUGGUAUUCACAAACUGGGCACUGUGCGCUGGGAGCUGGCUCUGUGUCUCCUGCUGGCGUGGAUCAUCUGCUACUUCUGCAUCUGGAAAGGUGUCAAGUCCACAGGAAAAGUCGUGUACUUCACUGCCACCUUCCCAUACGUGAUGCUGGUCAUCCUGCUGGUGCGAGGAGUCACACUGCCGGGUGCCGCUGAGGGGAUUGUCUUCUACCUGAAGCCAGAUGUCUCCAGGCUAGCAGACCCGCAGGUCUGGAUGGAUGCAGGCACACAGAUUCUCUUCUCAUACGCCAUAUGCCAGGGAUGCCUGACAGCUCUGGGCAGCUACAAUAAAUACACCAACAACUGCUACAGGGACUGCAUUAUGCUCUGCUUCCUGAACAGUGCCACCAGCUUUGUUGCUGGCUUUGCCAUUUUCUCUGUGCUGGGUUUCAUGGCUCGAAAGCAGGGUGUACCCAUUGCGGAAGUGGCUGAAUCAGGUAGGUUUUUUCAGCAGACUUUGAGCCCGAGGAGGCUGGGGAAGGGGGCUUUUCUGAGGUGAAGCCCAAGAUGUUAU